UCAUCGAGCUAGCCAGUAGUAGCUGGAUGAUUUGUUAUUUAAAAAACUACUCGAAAUGGGCGACGAAGAGGUACCCGCUUUGGUGGUGGACAAUGGAUCCGGCACACUGAAGGCUGGCUUUGCCGGCGACGAUGCACCGCGUGCCCUCUUCCCGUCGAUGGUGGGUCGACCACGGCAUCACGGCGUAAUGGUGGGUUUGGACCAGAAGGACGUAUAUGUGGGCGAUGAGGCGCAGUUUAAGAGGGGCAUACUCACUCUAAGCUAUCCCAUCGAUCACGGCAUCGUGGCGGAUUGGGAUGACAUGGAGAAGAUCUGGCAUCACACCUUCUACAACGAGCUGCGCGUGGCACCCGAGGAUCAUCCGGUGCUACUGACCGAGGCCCCGCUCAAUCCGAAGGCCAAUCGCGAGCGGAUGACCCAGAUCAUGUUCGAGACCUUCAAUACGCCGUCCAUGUACAUGGCCAUCCAGGCCGUGCUCUCGCUGUAUGCCUCCGGACUGACCACCGGCAUCGUUCUGGACUCUGGGGAUGGUGUUACCCACACGGUGCCCGUUUACGAGGGCUACGCCCUACCCCAUGCCAUCCUGCGCCUAGCUCUGGCUGGUCGCGAUCUAACCGCAUAUCUAAUGAAGAUCCUGGCCGAGGGUGGCUAUUCCUCGACCACCACCUCUGAACGGGAAGUUGUGCGCGAAAUCAAGGAGGAUCUGUGCUUUGUUGCACUCGAUUUUGAGCAGGAGUUGUCCACUGCCACCUCUGGGAUAGCUUUGGAGAAGACAUUUGAGCUGCCAGACCAGAAGGUGAUAACCGUUGGCAGCGAGCGUUUCCGGUGUCCCGAGUGCCUGUUCCAGCCCUCGCUCCUGGGCAUGAAUGCGUGUGGCAUUCACCAAAUCACCCACAAUUCGAUUAUGAAGUGUGAUGUGGAUAUCCGGAAGGAUCUGUAUGCUAAUAUCGUGCUAUCCGGAGGCAGCACCAUGUUCCCGGGCAUCGUUAAUCGCAUGCAAAAGGAGCUUGGCGACCUGGCCCCCUCCGCCGUGAAGAUGAAGGUGAUUGCACCGCCGGAGCGCAAGUAUUCGGUGUGGAUUGGUGGCUCCAUUCUGGGCUCGAUGAGCACAUUCCGUCAGAUGUGGAUCACGAAGGAGGAGUAUGAUGAGUCUGGCCCCGCCAUCGUUCACCGCAAGUGCUCUUAAAGGGAGAUCUAGACUCCCUACUCCUUCUCCAUGGCAGCGCAGUACUGGGCUUUUCGGUUAAAUUAAUUACUUUUACACAAUCAUUGUCUGCGCUGUCUUGCUUAUAUUCAACAUUAAAAAUGUC